CAAUGAACCCGCAGAAGUGACUUCAAUGUGUUUGAUUCUCUCUCUAUUGCCUGAUGCAACAAGAGUGUCUUUCCUUCAUGAAGGCAACAACCCAGGCAGCCGACCUCAUCUCUGUCUCUAAGAUCCGCAAAAGAGGUGAAGAAGCCAGUGAAUCACUGUGGUGAAACCCAAGGGAUUCACAGGGCUUCACUACUAAAGGGAAACAUCGUUCUUGACUCCCCCCGUGUUGGUUCUGCAUCCUGCCUUGUCUUUUUUAUUUGCUGUGCGACCCUCAACACAGCCUCACGCCUUCUUCCCCUUGCCUUGCCGAUCAUUGAUCAUGCCUCUGGCUACCCUCGCGCCGCAACACCUAGUCAUUGUGCCUCUUCUUUGUGGUUUCCCCAGAUUUAUUAAAUCAAGCCAAACCGCCUGACUCCAUCAUGUCAAACCAACCCUUUCUACGAAUAACGAGGGAGAUCGCAUCCAUCCAGCGGGGAAGUGAUUUAUCCAUCGCCGUCGCUUGUCAAGAGCAUGACUUUCGGAAGGUCAGAGCCUUGAUUAUUGGUCCUCAUGGAACUCCGUAUGAGUACGGCUUCUUCGAAUACUUGAUUACCUUUGGCACCGAAUAUCCCAACAAGCCACCCAAAGUUGAAGCAAGAACUACGAACAACGGACGAACAAGGUUCAACCCCAAUAUAUACGCUAGCGGCAAAGUAUGCCUCUCGAUACUUGGCACAUGGCACGGUGAACAGCCUGGCGAAGAGUGGUCGUCUGCUCAAGGGCUGGAAUCUGUCUUGUGGUCAAUACAGAGCCUCCUAUCUAAUAAUCCUUACGAGAACGAGCCAGGCUACGAAAAUUUAAAGGGCUCAGAGGACAAGAGACUGGGUGCUUCAUAUUGUGCAAAGAUCAGACACGAGACCUUACGUGUCGCAGUCAUUCAGCCCUUGGAAGAGUAUCUUGGGAUCCAAUCUGACGGGUCGACAGCAUCCCCGGAAGCCAUACAGCCAGACGCCCUUGCGGAAGAGGAAAUCUCUGUCAAGACGGAAGACGGCGACCUGGCCGAAAACAGAGUGACUUUCAAUUUCCAACCAUUCAAAGACCUGAUCAAACGACGCUUUUUAUGGUACUUCGAGCACUAUCUAUCGGCCAUUGAGAAGCAUGCGCCUGACCACAAAGAUUGGAGCGACUUCCAAAAAAUGCCCUUCGAAGCGUCGGGCAAUACUAUGGAUGGGAAGUUCAGGUAUGGCGAGUUGGGAAAGAGACUAGUCCGUGUCAAAGAAGUGAUCAAUGCGGAAACAAGCGACUGGGCAGCUGAGGGAUUGGCACUUAAAACCCGCGAAUCUUCCAAGGCUGUCACCGUGCAACGAUCCUUUGAACAAACUAUUACUCAGCUAAAUCAAAAGGGCAAACAUCACAUCUCUAUGGAGCUUGUCAAGGAGAACCCUUUUGUCUGGCGAAUUAUAUAUUUCGGAAAGCCUAUGACUCACCUGGACGGAGGCAUCUUCAAAAUUCGCAUGGACAUCAGCCCUCGCUUCCCUGAUGAGCAACCAAGAGUCAAGCUCGAAACUCCAAUGUUCCACCAUCGGGUUUCCAAGGACGGCGUAUUGUGCUACUUUCCCAAGAGACCAGACGACCUUAAAGACCAUGUCGAAAGCAUCGCCGAGGCACUUGAGGAAGACUCACCUCCAUACGACCCACGCACGAUUGUGCAUCCCGAAGCGACCAUGUUGUUAUGGGGAUCUGACAGCGAUAAGAAGAAGUAUUAUCGUCAACUAAGACGAUCGGCUUCUAAUACAACUGAGGGAUGACCUCUAUAAAGGGUCCGAGUUGAGUGUGGACCGGCAUCAGGUAACACUUCAGGCUUCUCCUUACCGUGCCGUCAACGAAGCGGCGCACUGGAAUGCGAACGAUGACAUGCAGCAAUAAAGUAUCUCCAUGUCCACAGGAAAGAAGUCAAAUGACAGUUAGCAUCGGAGUCAGGAGUUUCAGCUAUCAUGAC